UUCCGAGAAAUCUUCACAUUCGCAGACCGGUCCGAAGAUGAAGUUUUUCCUAGCAAUUUGCCUCCUGGCUCUGGUACGCUCCUCGUUCCAGGUCACAAACUAUUGCAAUCCAUCGCUUUGCGACGAAGGAGAAACUCACGUAGCGUGCAAAGCUAACCCCGGAUUUGGCAAACCAUCCGGAAAAACUCUAGCGCUCGACAAGGCCAAGCAAUCGCUGAUCGUCAAACUACACAAUGAACUGCGUAACAAGAUUGCUACCGGAAAGCAGGAUUACCCAGGAGGUUUCUAUCCAGAGGCCGCUCACAUGCCCACCAUUCAAUGGGACGCCGAUUUGGCUUUCGUGGCUGCAGCCAACGCUAGGAAGUGUGUCUUUGCUCAUGACCAAUGCCGUAACACCCCCAAAUAUCCUGCAUCUGGUCAGAAUAUUGCCUAUUUCGGAUAUUCUGGUGGCAGCUUCAAAACCGAAGACAUUAUUACAAGACUGGUGAACAAAUGGUACGGCGAGUACAAGGACGCUAAUCCUCAGUACACCGCAGAGUAUCCUAAUGGUUAUGAAGGACCCGCUAUCGGACACUUUACCCAGGUUGUUGCAGAUCGUUCGGAUCGUAUUGGAUGCGCUAUUGUUCAAUGGACCGAGAAGCCCUUCACCAAGGUUUACUUGGUGUGCAACUAUGCCAGGACCAACGUCAUUGGCACUCCCGUGUACACUGCAGGGCAGGCGGCAUCUCAAUGUACCACUGGCGCCAACACAAACUAUCCAGGCUUGUGCAGCACCAAGGAGAAGGUUGACUAUUCAUUGUAAAAUGUGGAUUGUUCAAAUGUUCAAUACAUUGAAUAAAUGUUGGUCGAGGUGAAAA